UCUCGUCAGCGUCCAGAGACCGAAGCAGCGGCUCGCUCAGAUCAUACAUGAGGAGAUUUGCUAAUUACAGCAUUGCUUUGCACGGUGUGCCAGAUUUUAUAACUAAAUGACUAGAUGUUUGUCGUGUUCUUCCCCCCGCUUUUUUGUUCUGUAUAAACAUUGACUUUCGACGUGUGUAAAGUUGAGGUUGUACAGCGCGAGGGAGACGAUGCUUGAAUCUAUUCAAGUUACAGAACAGCUCUAUCGACCAGAGCUGGAAACAUCUAAGAAGUAUCUAUUAAGCCCCAUGGAGAAACCUGUGAGCCCAAGUCAGGUCCAUCUGGAGUGCGUGUCCUCUGGUGUUCUGAAGAAUCUGUUUAACACGGGCACCAGGAGCCACAACAUGCUGCUUCGGAAAGAGGCAGAUGAACAGAAGAACCCUAAGCACUCUCUGUACAACUGCCCCAAAAAAGCACAAAGAGUCUCUACAGCAACACAUCGCACCAGACCCCAGCCAACCCUUGCACCUCUCGCAUUGAGUGGACUGACCGUUGGUUGCAGAGAUGCCCGGCAUGCUCAGUCUGUCUUUACCUGCUUCUCCACCAGCUGUUCCAGGCAAAUGAACAGCAUCUCAGUGAUCGGCAGCGGCAUUCGUCUCUCCCCCUGCCCCAUGCCCAGACCCCAAAACAGCUGCCUGGCUGGUUUCCCAGGUACAAAACUGCCCCAGCUUUCCAGAGCAUGUCUUGCUGGUCGUGAUGGAGAAAACUCAAUCAAGAAGUUGUGCAUUCUCACUGCCAUAAAGCCAUCUAAUGUGGAGAAGGAGAGGGCCAGAUUUUUCAAAUCAGAGUUUAACUACAACCCUCAGUUUGAGUACAGCAACCCUGUCCCUCCACAAGUGCUGGCAAAGCAAAGCAAUGCUUCAGAUCGCUUCCUCAAUCAAGCUGUGCGGAUCAUGGAGUUGGCCCUGCAGAAAUACGGCUCCUAUGAGAAGUUUGAGCAGGCAACAGGAGGAAACCUCCUCACCAAGAGCCGCAUCUGUUACCACGUCAAAAAAUACAUGGAAAAGGAGGGAUGCAUGGGAGAGAUAGUGGUUCACCUGACUGAUGACCUCCUGUCCAGAGCUUCAAUGACUGUCGUGAACAGCAGACCUACACUCACCAUUAACAUCUGUACUGCUAGAGAACAGUGGCUGGAGGGGAUGCUAAGGCAUGAAAUCGGUACACACUACUUCCGCGGCAUCAACAACAGUCACCAGCCAUGGAGCAGCAGUGAGGGAAGGAAGAAGCACAGUCUGCGGCCCAUGAACCCCACUGAAGAGGGGCUGGCCAGCAUUCACAGCGUGCUCUUUCGUAAGGAUCCCACCCUGUGGCGUGCUGCCCUGCUCUACUACACUGUCUACCAGGCCAGCCGCAUGUCCUUCUCACAGCUCUUUCACAACCUGGACCGAUUUGUCCAUGACCCAAAUACACGGUGGGACUACUGCGUCAGAGCCAAACGUGGACAGACUGACACAGCACAGCUAGGUUGUUUCAGUAAGGAUCAGGUGUAUCUUGAUGGCAUCCUGAAGAUCCUCAGACACAGACACAACAUUGAUUUCCAGCUGCUCAUGGCUCUGGGAAAGGUGUCAUAUGAGGAUGUGGAGUGUCUGAAAGGUCUGGCUCUGAUGGAGCGUGUGCGCAUUCCUCACUUCCUGCAGGACCGAGUGCGCUACACAGAGCAGCUGCAGAAGAUCAUGGAGGUAAACCAGCUGACCGAUGAGGAGCUGUGCAUGCUUAUUUGACCUCCAUCGGAUUGAUGAUUUUCUGUCAUUGAUUUCUGUCAGUGAUUUCCAUCACUAUUCUAUCUCUACUAUCUCUCCUUCCACUGUGUCUUAAUCCUAUAUUUGUGAACUUCCAUAUUUCAAACCAAAUUGCACCUUAAAAUGUCCAGAAAUAAAUGCCUACAGUUCCUUAUGAGUUAUGUAUAUUAUGUUGUUAGAUAUGAAACAGCUGGAGUGUGAAUCUUAUGAAGCCUGUCAAAAACAUUUCCAGGUCGUGUUUCACCCCAAAAUCAAAAGUAAAAUAAAUAUAUAUUUAUUUAAAAUAAAAAAUAAAAUAAAUAUAUAUAUAUAUUGCUUCUGAAGCCUAUUUUUUAGGAAAUUAAGAUUUUUUUGCAUGACAAAUAAGAACUCCCUUCCCCACAAAUUAUUUUUACUAUAAUAUAAAAAUAUAGAUUAUUAUAUAAUUAUACAGUAUAUACUGUAUGUUACUGCGAUGGACUGGCGACCUGUCCAGGGUGUCCCCCGCCUUUCGCCCAAUGUUAGCUGGGAUAGGCUCCAGCCCCCCGCGACCCUGUACACAGGAUAAGCGGUUGACGAUGGAUGGAUGGAUGGAUACUGUAUGUUAUUUACUUUGCACAGUAUUUAGACAUCACAUUAGUAUUAAUUGCAUUGCUGUAAUGCUGAUUUAUAUGAGAUGAGAAUAAUGAAAAAAAAAAAAGAAUAAUUUAAAUUAAAACGUUCGGAUGGGGGGAUCAUUCCAAAUAUAAACAUUUGCUCAUCAUUUACUUACAUUCAGUCCUCACAAUGCAAAUUAAUUGUGGCUAGAACUUUGAAGCUCCAAAAAGCACACAAAUCCAGAAAAAAGUAAUCCAUAUGAGUCCAGUUUUUAAAUCCAUGUCAUUAGAAGUGAUUUAAUAGGUGUGGGUGAGAAACAGAUCAAUAUUUAUGUCCUUUUUUUACCCUAAAUCUCCACUUUUACAUUCUUCUUUUGUUUUUGGCGAUACACUUUCUUCAUGCUUAUCACCACCUACUGAUUAGGAACGAGAAUUUAUCAAUCAAUCAAUCUGUCAAUUUUAUUUCUAUAGCACAUUUAAAAACAGCACAUGAUGACCAAAGUGCUUCACAUUAUAGCAUAAACAGAUCAUAUACAUACAGAAUGUAGAAAAUACAAUGACACAUAAAAAAAUAAGCAACCCACAUUAAGCACAAUUAAAAGCAUGUGAAAAAAGGUGUCUUCAAUAAGAUUUAAAAAGAUCGACUGAUGUACAGGACCCGAUAUGUAGUGGAAGGCUAUCUUAAAGCCAUGGAGCCGCUAUUGAAAAGAAGAUGUGAGGCUGAAGAAGAUCCAUAAUAUAGGGAGGAGCCAAGUAAUCCCUUAAAAGUAAACAAUAAAAUGUUAAACUGAAUCCUAAAUUUGACUCGAAGCCAAUGAAGUGAUUUAUAGCUUAAAUAUUGUUCUGUUUCUCACCACACCUUUCAUAUGACUUCUGAGGACAUGGAUUAAAUCCCACUCUUGGCAAAUAAAAGAUUUCUAGAAUUCAUGCUCAGAACUUAAAAGGUACACCGUCUGUGUAGAGUGCUCUGCGACUUUAGACUUUUAGCCAAACCUGGUCAUAGAAUCAAAUUUUUCUAAAUAAUUUGUACACCACAAAAUCACGUGGUUGCUUCAGCGAUCGUGUUUUCAUUAAGUUAUAGGAUAGGGAGGUAGGUUUUAUUGAUUUAAAACUCCACAGAGCAUUAACCUUUAAACCCUCAUCUGAUUGGGAGAAAAUGUAACCCUGUUUUAGUGCCACACAGUGGAAAUUUCACCUCAGAAGUGCCACGAUACAUCUAAUGAACCACAUAAGGUCAUUUUGUAAAACUGUUGCUACAAAGUGGUACAAACCACAAAGUCCCUUACCAGGCCCCAUGAUCAGACAAGCCUCUCUGAUCACGGUCUUCACCUUAAACAGAAGAUAUAAUACAGAGAAAGACUGUUGUCAGAUCAGUUAUAUGACUGGUUCUCAGGACUCGUGCCCUUUGAGGGCGUUUGAAAUCGAGUGGCCAAAUCAAUCGUCAAUUAUUGCCAAAUAUUCUUACAUACUGCAGGUUCCUUAAGCUGUUUAAUAAGCAGUUUUUCUUGUUUUGAUUUUUAAUGACAUUUUAUUUAGUAUGAGUUUUAAAACUACAUGUGUGCUAUGCAUUUGACAUCUUUGUGACAACAUGUAUUUAAGUGUAAUGUAUGAAUAAUUGCCAUAUUAAAAUGAUGAUGAUUACAAUAUGUAAUUUCCUGGGAGCCAAGAUGUAUGAUGAAUUGUCCUAUAUGGAUAUAGACAAUUCUUGUCUGAAAUGUCAUUAAAUAUGUCUGAAUAUUUUCUCAUUACACUACAGAUGUAUCAUGACUGUAUAUUUGAUGUAUAUGAUCUGUGUUGCUCUGUUCCUGGCAUUUCCCCAUCAUUAAAACAAAUGGUUC